UGUCGGAGUGGUGAAGUUCGGUGUAGUGAAUGAUCUACUCGUGUCGUGUCUUUCCACUGGGCUGCGCUGCGAGUGUUUCUAUCAGCUGAUGCAUCUGGCGCCAAGCUGCUGUCGUGAGUGAGAUUCUACCCCAUGCCUGGAGAAGCUAAGCAAAUCUACAUUUUUCCUCGAAAACAUUGGAACAAUACAUUGAGCAAAGGUCACACUCCUUACUGGAAGAAUCAGAAAAAUUGUAGCAGAUCAUGAUACGAUUCGGCAGAGCUUCUUGUAUCAUCGUCAUACUUGUCACUGUCCACGCAACUCCUUUCGAGAGGGAGUUCCGCAGUGGAGGGUUCCCCAAGUUCCCGUUGGCAAGAGGAAAUCUGGAGCAAUGUGGAAGCCGCACUGUAUCUCACUUCGCCCAACGCAGUGGAAGUGCUGCUAUUGCCAAAAUUGUUGGGGGCUCCACUGCACCCUAUGGUGCUUACCCUUGGCAGGUAGAGAUCCAAGCCUUCCGGGCAGGUUCUCAUCGCUUUGAACACCACUGUGGAGGCGCUGUGGUUGGAGACAGACUGGUGCUGACUGCUGCACACUGCUUUGCAAACCUCGACUAUCCUGAGAAGAUCCGCCUGAUAGUCGGCAAGGUGAACUUGUCAGGCAGAGACAGGCAUGAGAGGACGUACAAGGCGGAGAAGAUAGUUAUACACCCUGACUUCAGGAAGGAUGGACCUCACAGCAAUGACAUUGCCAUUAUCAAAGUUCGUAGUUCCAGUGAAGGAGGGAUUCACUUCAACUCUCACGUCCAGCCCAUCUGCCUGCCCGAGACGUUCACUCAGAGGGUUGCCACCGGAGACUGGUGCACAGUCACUGGCUGGGGCGCUCAGAGCCAGGACGACCUGGAGAGUUUGUCGGAUGAGCUCCAAGCAGCCUCGGUCCCCGUCCUGGACCAGCACACCUGCCGUCAGAGUGACGUGUACGGCGGCCGAGACCAGAGCAUCCUGGACAGCAUGGUGUGUGCAGGAGUCCUGGAAGGAGGUGUGGACGCCUGCGGAGGAGAUUCCGGGGGUCCACUGGCAUGUCAGAUCAACGGAAAGUUCGUGUUGGCUGGCCUCGUAUCCUGGGGUGACGGUUGUGCUAAGAAGAAUCGUCCUGGUGUCUACACCCGUGUCAGUCACUUCACGCCUUGGAUACAGGAGACUAUGGCUAAGAUGGGGUUGUAGCCCCCACCACGAAAAAUUACCCCUCUUCCCCACCAAAGAUGAUCUUCAGUUAAGAUGAAUAGGAAUGUCUGCUCAUGUUCUUUUGGAAAUGAGACGAAAAGAAGAUAAUAUGUUGCUUUUAAACAGUGGAUUCUAAAACUGUCAAAACAUGGUCUCGAAAAGUGUUAGCCUACACCCAAACAUUUUAUUGGCUACUAAAUUUUAGGAAAAGGUAUGAUUAUACUAUUGGUUUUUAAAACAAAUUAAUUCGAGAAUCAAAUUACUUUCUGAACUCUGACAAUGGAAGUUGUCACAUUUAUUAAUAAAAGGUCAAAAAAUUGACUUUAUAACAGCUUAUAACUAUGAACAUUUUAUUUAAUUUUUUUUUCCAGAGACAAAAAUAAUUCCUAUUCAACUAAAAAUCAUAUUUUAAGUUCCUACAUUUUGUCUUAGAGACCUUAUUCUAUAGCACACCCAGUAUAACUGCAAACUAAUUAUUUCAGGAAAGGUAUCUACAGAUUUACUUUUCAAAACAACAUUUCCACAUAGGCUAUGCUAUGUCAACCUACACUGUAUUCCAAUGAGCCGUGAAUAAAUUAAAGUGAAUCUUAAAUAAAUGUAUAAAUAAGUUAAGACAAAGAACAUUCAUGCAAAAAGUAUUACGACACAAGUAAAACCAGACACGGCUGUGAUAGAUAGUUAAGUUGUGUGUACAGAAACUGUUGAUAUUAGUGAUUAGAUACUUUAUUUUUAUGUUUAACUGUGUAAAAAGUGCUUAAAGUUCCUGAAAUUACCUGUACAGUAGCAGUAGUUAAAUGAUAAAUAAGUUUAUUUGUGUUACCUAUGUUUAAGUUCAAUAUCACAUACUUAUUGUUUAUUUCAACGCAAACCUAAUCUAAUAACAUCACAAAACAAUAAUUCUCAUUCCUAAAAAAUAUGAUUUCCAAAUUAACAUAAUUGGGAAUAACCCAAUGUUUAAGACAUAAUGUGGUGUAAAUGUAAAGGAAGAAUCUUUUAGAAAGAAAUCUUUUUAUUGUGUAAAGCCAUUGCAAUAAUUCACUAAAUUAUGACAAACUCUUGUAGUUUUGGAGACCAUGUUAGAAGAUCAACAAACAAACCACUAAAAUAAAAAUUAAUAUUUUUUUACACACACACACACGCACACCACACCUUCAGAAAUUGUAUUUGUCAAGUGAUGUUUUGUCUAUAUUAAACAGAUUUUAUUAUUUUACAUUUUCUAACCACAUACUGCCUAUACAUUUUCUUAUUUGUCUACUCUGUACAUUUUUAUGCUUGUCAUCAGUGAUAUAAGAUAAAAGUUUUUUAAAGUGAUUCUUUGAUUUUUUUUAGUUUUAUAAACAAUUGAUUAAUUAGUGAACUAAAAAUAAAAGACAAUCGUUUUAUUUUGGCAUCUCAAAAAGGUGUCUGCACACCUUAUGACCUUGUACUUGGUUUUAAUGUUCCUAAAAAUUGUGUAAAUGUAUACCUUUUAGCCUUUAAAAACAUUUUUCAAAUUCUGUACAGUAAAAUGAAUUCUAUUAAUUAAGUACCCUUGUUAGUGUAAGUUAACCUAUAAUAAAAUAUUAA